AUGUCGAAGAAAUUCUACGACCGUCUCCUGAAGGGGAGCGGCGUGCAGUCCCGUCCCUUUCAUUCUUCCUUCGGAGCCUCCAUUCUGAAGAAAUUCGGAUGGGAAGAAGGCCAGGGCUUGGGUAGAGAGAACACCGGCCGCACGGACUGUCUUCAGAUCAGACGUCGCGAGGAGAAUGUUGGGCUCGGGCAUUCCGACGCCAGCGAGACGAAGGGCGAAGACCAGUGGAAGAACUGGUGGGAUGGGCUGUACAAUUCCAUGGCUGCUAAGCUCAAAGACAGCAAUGGGGCUGCGCGUGACGCCUCCGCGAGCAACUCUGACUCCGACUCCAGCGGGGUCGAGGACGAGGACGGCGGAGGCGGGCGCUUUCGACGGCGGUCCUUAGUGCGUGUCUCUCAGAAGCUCGCCAGGCAGAAAGGCUCGGCGGAGACACCCGGAGGCAGUGUGGGGUGUGCUGACAGCGACGAAGAGAGUGAGACGUCUCAGGAGGAGUCGACGGCUGCAGAGACUCCUUCGAGUUUGUCUGAGGCGUCUCCGUCUGCUUCGAAAGCCUUUUCCUCUCCGCCUUCCUUUGCGUCGGGCAGCGCAAGAGCCAGAGACCCCACGGACCGCGAGGAGGCGUCGCUGGAAACCCGCAAGAAAGACAAAAAGAAAAAGAAAAAGAGCGAGGCUAGUGCGCGCGAUGAAAAAGAAGAGGAGACGGAAUACGGAGAUGCGUUUUCCGUGGAGGCAGAGAGCGAGAAGCAUCACGAGGCAGAGAAGGAGUCAAAGAAGAGGAAGAAAAACCGCGAUGCUGAGCGUGAAAGCGGGAAGGACGAAGAAGGAGACACUGUUUGCGUCGGAGAGAAGAAGAGAAGGCGAAAGGACAAGAAAGCGCGAGAAGAAACAGACGUGUUUGAGGAUGACGGGAAAGAUGACGAAGCAGGUGUAGCCGAGAGAGGAGAGGACGAGCAGAGAGAAAAGAAGAAGAAAAAGAAGAAACACAAAGAGAGCGGUCGGUGA